UCACGUGGUUCGAACAGCUCCGUCCCCUGUUCCAGCAGAACCUCCUGGUCCACUUGGAUCCUGAUGUGAAGAGCUUCACGGUGCGGUCCCGGUUCUGGUCCGGUCCAACAACGGAACCAACAGCGUCUCAGGUGGACUGACAGAUGGAGAAUCGACCCGAACUGGUUCUGGUCUUCAGCGGAAAGCGGAAGUCCGGGAAAGAUUAUAUAACGGACGUGAUCCAGGAACGUCUUGGCCCGGAGGUUUGCGCCGUGCUGCGUCUGUCCGGUCCUCUGAAGCAGCAGUACGCUCAGGAGCGUGGCCUGGACCUGGACCGGCUGCUAGGUUCCGGACCGUACAAGGAGCGGUACCGGGCCGAUAUGAUCCGCUGGGGGGAGGACCGCCGGAACCAGGACCCGGGCUUCUUCUGUUGCCUAGCAACCAGAGGAGCCCAGCAACCUGUGUGGGUGGUGAGCGAUGCCAGGCGGCAGUCGGACCUGCAGUGGUUCCGGUCCGAGUUUCCCAGUCAGACCCGCAGCGUCAGAGUCCAGUGCUCAGAGGAGACCCGGGGACGGAGGGGGUGGAGCUUCACGCCAGGUGUGGACGAUGCCGAGUCGGAGUGCGGGCUGGACCGCGGCGUGAAGUUUGAUUGGAUCAUCAGGAACGAGGCCGACGCCCCCUCCCUGGACCAGCAGCUGCAGCCCAUCCUGAGGGCGGCGCAGGAAGCGGCGGCGGCAGCGCAGGAAGCGGCGGUGCUCCGACAUGAUCAAUAAAGUUAUUAUUGAUUAGCUUCAA